AUGGAAAGUAACCAGCACCAGACGCCGCCCAAUAGCAAGAAGGGCACGGCCCCGCUGCACGCCUCGGCAGCCUCGCCUCAGGCUGGCCAGGCGGUGCCCAACCCCAUCCUGCAACAGCCUAAGACCCCUAUCCCGCAGAGUCCAGCUCCUGCCAACCAUUCUCACCGGCACGGCUCCGCCAUGUCAACUCCCUCGCCUCAGAUGCCACAGAGCCCCGAUCCCGUCCAUGAUCUACCAGCUGAGCUCCUGGAGGCCGGCUGGCGGCAGUUUUGGAGCAAGCGGGAGGGACGGAACUACUACUUCAACAAGUUCACGCAGAAUUCGUUGUGGGAGAUGCCUACGAUAGACAGAGGAGCAUCAAGGCAUGAUCCGCUGGGUAUCCAGACAGACCACCGACCAGCCCACCCACACCCACAACCACAUCCCAACUUACCCUCCCCAUUGGGAAUGAUGCCAAGGAGACACUCGCUAGAAGAAUCUCCCGUCAGCCCAACCAUCAAAAUGGCUGACCUUAAAGGUCCAUUCUGGGAUUUUACAGUGAACACCAAUGCCAUGAUGUUUGAGAGAUACCCAAGCAGGCUACCACCGCCCCACAAUGACAUCGAGCAGAUGAGGGGGAACCUGGUCCAGAAACUGCGCUUCCAAUACAAUGAACUCUGCCAGCAACGAGAAGGAGUCAGUGCUCCGAGGGAGUCCUUCAACCGCUGGCUUCUGGAGAGAAAAGUCAUUGACAAGGGAACGGAUCCCAUGUUGCCCAGCAAGUGCUCCCCAGAGGUCUCCCCCUCCAUGAAGCGAGAGAUUAUGAGUGAUAUUCCCAUCAGGUUACACAGACCCAAGGUGUUUUCGGAAGCCAAGAAGUUGCUUUACAACUAUGCAGAGGCUGCCAAGAAGUUGAUAGAGUCCAGGAAAGCCACACCGGAGAGUCGUAAGAUCAUCAAAUGGAACGUAGACGAGAUGUUCCGAUGGCUGAGGACAGGACAAAGCUGUACCAUCGAUGAAUUCAUGAAACGUCUUGCCCACCUGAAGGAGCAAUGCGGACCGCAUCUGAGCGCAGCAGUCCAGUCCUCAGUGGAAGGCAUCUGUACCAAGAUGUACCAUAUGUCUUGUGAGAUUGUCAAGAAGCUACGAGACAGACACUGGGAAGUGCUCAAGGAACACCAGAUUGAAGAGCCGGCUCCUUUCACGAGGCCACCUCAAGACAAGAAGAUGCCGUGUUACUCCGUCUACGCCAUCGUGCCAAGCCCCAGGCUACCCACGGUGGACAUCCAUGAGGAAGGAGCAACGACGUGCAUUCGCUAUAAUGGAGAAAUGAUGAAGAUCAAUACAGCCCAUCUCAAAAAACUGGAAUUACUGUACAGACUGCACAUUAAUGACGACAGACUCCGAUAUAACUUCUUGCCAAGGGUUUGGUGCCUGCUCCGUAGAUAUCAGACCUUAUUUGGAGUCGGCCAGUACGAAGGUCACGGCCUCCAGGGGGCGCUGCCCGUCAACGUCUUCAAGUCACUGCACGACAACUUUGGCGUAACCUUUGAGUGUUUUGCCUCGCCGCUCAACUGCUACUUUAAGCAGUUCUGCUCAGCGUUUGCAGACACGGACUGCUACUUUGGCUCAAGAGGUCCUGUGCUUGACUUCCACCCAGUCAGUGGGUCCUUUGAGGCCAAUCCCCCCUUCGGUGAGGAACUCAUGGAAGCCAUGGUUGCCCACUUUGAGCGUCUCUUGGCCAACACGACAGAUCCUCUGUCUUUCAUCGUCUUCAUUCCGGAAUGGAGAAACCCGCCCACUGCGGCACUGGUCAACAUGGAGCAGAGCAGGUUCAAGAGAAGACAGGAGACCGUAUCAGCCUAUGAGCACGAGUAUCGGAGCGGAGGACAACAUGCGUGUUCAGAGGAUGAUAUAAACUACCGCGCCGUCCAUGGAACCGCCAUCUUCUUCCUGCAGAACGAGGCUGGAUAUCAGAAGUGGACCCCGACGAACGAGAAAAUCCAGGCCAUGAUGGACGCUUACCGGCCGCAGAAGAGAGCACUGGACAGCGAAGCUGAGGAUGGACCACCGAGGAAGAAACUGGCAACAGAAAGGGGUCCCGUUAACAAGAGUACACCCUCUGUUGAUUCGCCACACUACCGACCUAAAGCUCAGAAAAGAAGCCUGGAUGCUGAGACUGGAGAUGACCCUCAGAGGAAGAAACGAGUGGUAGAGGACUCCCCAAGCAACUCAGCGUCGAACAGAGUCAGUGAGGAUAAUGACCCUCGCCACAGGAGAAAGAUGGGAGCUGAUGCAUCCCUUGUAAUGCCCCUCGGUGGAUCCACGCAUGAUAGGCCUCUAGGGGGCCACAGAGACAGGACUAAUAAUGACCAGAGACCGGGACGAGAUGGCAACCAUCAGGGCGAUCUCCACGGCGAUUAUGCCAGCAGCUCAAGACCUGACACGAGAAUCGUCAAGUGAAUACUCUGCUCCGUGACAGCCCGUCAUUUGCAAGUGUCAGGAAAAAUGUCUAUGAGUGGCCGUGAUAUGUUGAGUGGCCCCCUAGCUCCUAACGUUUUUGAUAACUGACCCCUCAGCUGUCAGAUUUGCUCCACACUCUAUAAUAUCUGGUUGUAGAUAUUUGUCUUGUAUGGCAAACUGACAGGGUAUUUCACCCAAUAAGUUUCACCGAUUCUUGCACUGCGACACAUGUACAGUUCUGUUCAACAGCCCCAAAUGCUUAUUUCGCAGAAUGCAAAACGGCAAAUUUUAAUGCAGUCAGUGGGUUUUAAUUGCAAACGCUGAAUGAGCCAAAGCUAUUUUCUUGUAGAUAUUGGAGUUAAAAAACAUCUUGUGCAAGGGGCUUAAAUUUUGGUGCAGCUUUUUAAUAGUAGGAGGUGGUUUUAAGUAUGUCAUUGUGUUUCAUAAAGUAUUCAGUGCUUUUGCAAUCAGCCAGCACGUCAAUUUUUUUUUUUUUGUAUGCUGGUUUAUUCUUUAAUCUGUCCAAUUUUGUUGGGGAAUGCCUGAAGGCAAUAAAAAAAAUGCUUAUAAU